AUGACACAGCAACUAGGGCCGCCUGACAGGGAUGAUAUAGUUUAUGCGGCUAUUUUAAGAGAGACAUACAAAGUAUUGACUCCUUAUUGGUUCUUCACUGGCGACAAUGUCUUCUUGAAUGAGCAGCAAUGGAAACAACCUAUCCAAAAGAACAUUAUUCAAAAGGUCGGAUCCAGUAGUCUAGAAGCCCACGAGGUCCCUGCCAUGGAGGUAGCUGCACGCCAUUUCGGCGGGAUGUAUGCCCAGCUCCUCGACUGCCAUCGGAUUAGAUCAGAGCCACACCAGCCGGCAGCAAUCGAGGAUAGUCACGGCGCUAUCAAAUAUGCCCGUGACCUUGAAGAGGCCGCCGCCGCCGCCAAUGUUAAUCUUUUACGCGCUGCUAUUCAAUCUGGGGAAGUGCAGGAGGUGGUCGACCAAAAUUCGUUGCCCAAGAUGAGCUAUCAGAUAUCGAACAUCCAUCUCGCCGAGCUUCUACUCUUGUCGCUCCGGGUCCAGUUUCUCAAUUUAAGGAUUUACUACGACUGGGCUGUUUUGUACCACCUACCAGAAGAGGAUAGGUUGUGCUCUAGACUCAGGGAUCUCUCGGUUGAGUCAUGGAAGUACAUCGCCUUUCUCCGGGGCAUCGAGUUCUUUGAUGCGACGAUGUUGUCUCCCGCCCUGUGGCCAUCUCUGGAGCUUGGGACUGAAGCUGAAAAGCAGUAUUUGAUGGACUUCUUUACAGAGAUUGACAAUUUCCGGCAUCCAACGCCAAAGGAUAAGAAGGAAGAAGAGAUGAGGAUUCUAUCAUAUACGGCCAUCAUUACGGGUCGCAAGACUGCUUCAAGAGAAACCUGA